UAAACCAAACAAGCCCUAGGGUUUAAUAACGUUAAACCCUGAAUAGCUCAACGAAACUUUGAAGCUCUCAGAUAUUGUUGCAAUGGAAUCCUCGUCAGGGUUUGGAGAAGAAGAAGAAGGAGAACCGAGAUUCAAUGAUUUUCAUCAAGAGGCACCAUCAUCACCAUCUUCUUCAUCUUCAUCUUACAGUCACAAAUUGGUGCCCUGGUUGAGCUGGGACGAAUGGCUCUUCGUCAAGGACUGUCUCUUCUCAAAUUCCCCAGACUCCGUAGCCACCGCUUUCCAAAGAAUAUCGGCAUGGCGUAGUAGAGGAUGUCUUCCAGUGGCAAUUGAAGUCACAGCUUCAAUUAUUGAAAUUCAGCAAAAGGACCCUCACUUUAGAGAGAACCAAUCAAAUGGUGCUUUUGAUAACUUUAGAGCAGACCAAACUAGUUAUGUGCCACUUUCAGAGGACAUGUUAGCCAUGUUGUAUUGCAUGGCAAUCAUAAGGCUUGUGAAUGGUGUUGUGGAGAAGACACGAAAGAAAACAGAGGUCUCUCUUGCUGUGGCUGCUGAUGCAAUUGGUAUUCCACGUAUGCUGAUUGAUAUUCGUCAUGAGGGAUCUCACCGUGAACUUCCUGCUCUUCAGAUAGUACGUAGUGCCUCACUUAAGAAGCUGAAGUAUGGGAUAUCAGUGAAAUCUCAACCCAGCCUUGUUGUGGACUUUAUGCCAAUAACAAAAAGAAAGACAGAAAUGAAGAUAAUGAAAAAGAAGAUUAUGAAGGCACUUGACUGGUUGAUAUCCUAUUAUUGGGAGCCUCAGAAGAAGGCGAUUCCAUUUCAAGGUGGCAGUACUGCUAGCAUCAGAAAAGAAAUUAAAUUUAAAAUCCGUGAAUUGGCUUCCUGUCUGCAAGUUGAUCAAAGUCCCCUACCAGAUCCUUUAGUAGUCAAGGGAAAACGUAGCAGACAUUCUGAAUUGCCCUGUGGGCGUAAUAAGUUUUUCCCACUUGUGGCUGGCAAGCACCAAUCAUCAAAAUCUGGAGGUUCUAAGAAACAGGUUUCCAAGAACUUGAAAGUUCUCGUUCGGCUAUAUUCUUCUUUCUCCUCAGAAUUUGCAUCUAUGUUACUGGAUUUCUUGCUGAAAGCUAAAAUCUCCUCAGACAUGGUGGAGCUUCCAGAAGAUUCUCAACUUGGCCCUAGUAUACACACUAUGUUGGAUGAUUGGAAGCUUGUAAUAACGAAACUCUCAAACAAGGAACCAGAAUUACUACUGACCCUUCUUAAAGCAGUUCUUGAUAGGAUUGAAACUCAGGAAGCCACGAAAUAUGAAACAGUAGGUGGAAAGAAUCUCACAUCAUCAGACUAUAGGUCAGUGAUCUGCCAAAUUGAACACCUUUCUUCUUUGUUUGAAUGGCUUGUUGAAAGGCUUAAGGAACUAAAGCCUCGUCUCCACAAAGAUUCAACAGCUGAAAUAAAAACUUAUUCGAGAGAAGCAAAAAUAUCAAAAACAAUUCUGUUAGAACUCCUGCAUAAAUGCCUUUUGGUAUCAGCUUCUGGCAACAAGCAUCUCAUGGAUUCAGCCAUGUUUCUUGCCCAGUUGAUGGGAGACCGCUCUCUGAUGGAGAAACUCAACAAACUCUCACUUAAUUUAUCAAAUAUGGAUUUUACUGAAGAAGAAAUCCCUUCUAUGACAAACCUUCUUACCCGGCAAGAGCAAUCCAUCAGUCAAGCAGCUAAGAAGCUAGAAUUGGUCAAACUCCGCCGAAUGAAGAGCAAAGUUGUGGAGGCAACUGGUGGUGAUAUGGGAAAUUCAAAGAGAUGGGUUGUGUCAAGGUCAUGGAACCCUUGUCCAAUUGGUAUGUUGCCCCAUACUCUUGGUACGUCUGGUCUUCUUCCUGUUCUUGAACGCAAAGAUGACCGUGUAAAGGUUCCAGAGGUAUCAGAACAGAAAGAAGAGAACUGGGAAUUGAACCGGUGUAGUGGCAAGAGAGAAGCUAGUAGUGACAUUCAGCAAAUAGACAACUCAAGUGUUAAGAAGAGGAGGGAGAAAAUGGAGGUUUGUGAGUCAGAGACAGUAGAUGCACUUCCAUUUGAAGGUGUCAAAGGCCAUCUGAUGAUUGGUGGGAUUUGGAAGGAAGUUAGAGAAGAUGAGCUACUUGCCAUAAUGUCUGAUGUAAAGAUUUUAGUUUGAUCACUGUUUUAUUUAAUCCUUGCAGUUAAAUAUGGACAUCAAAUCUGAUUUUUGCUAUUGGUAAAAUUGCUUAGCAAGAAUUUUUGUUA